AUGCGGAUGAUAUUGGCAAUAAGUGCGUCUGAUAUGCACCGCAAUGGGCUAAAUAUGCACUCUCAGGAUCAUGGUCGGUACCAUUACAGCCAAGCGGUCAAAGAAUUCAGGCAACUACUUGAGACACCCCGCCAAGUUUCAUUGGAUGAUGUUGAGACGGUUUUCGCCACUGUUUUUUUGAUGAUAGCAUGGGAGUGGCAGUUUGGACACUCGGUGCGCCACCUUCAACUCCACCUCCAGGGCGUCCGCUCGCUUCUGGAAACACACCCGCAACUAUUCCGCAUCAAAGAUGUGAACGAUAUGUUCUUGCCCCCAGGAAUCAAUACAUCGACCAAUGAUACCGUGACUGUAGCUAAGGUCUCCUUCAUUCCGGAGCAAUUUUUGUUGUGGAUUUUAUACAUCGAUGCUAGUUGCCGCCCCAUUGGUCUUACCGAGUCUCUCAACGAUUAUGUGGCCCAGUCCGGGAAUCCCGCUUUGCAGCCAGACCAUCUUCAUCGCUGUGCUCGUCUCUGGGGCCGAUGCUUCUGGGGCGAGCAGUACCCCGAUGAAGAAGUUAUGGACGAUAUUGAAAACUAUAGAGCUCUAGAGCUAUUGCACGCUGGAUUUUGCCUACGCCAUCGAACUUGGAAGGUUCUCAUGGAAUCCGUGGCUGGUACCACCGGCUGCGCCAAACUUCUUUUCCGCGAGAUGCUCGAUAUCCGAGAAAAAUUCUCCGACCUUUUUAUCACCUCCAGAUUUGCCGGUAGAGUUUGGGUUCGACGUACACUCAAUACCAUAUACAUGGCCGUCUCCAACUUUUACGCCCAGGUACUUCUCCACCGUCGCCUUCUGUGCGUUGAUGCUUUACCUAUGGGCAUCCAUCAACAAGCUCUAGCAGGAAUCAUUGAGAUUGCCCGAAAGCAAUUUUUGUCUGAUCCGAAGCUCCUCAGGCGCUUACAUUUGCCGCUGUUGAUGGCAGCGAUCGAAACUAAUGAUGUAACGCAUCAAAGAUGGCUCCGUCAGCGUCUAUGGGAAUUGCGCCACUUUCAUUCCGAGUUUACUUGGGCGUAUGAUGUGGCCGAGCAGAUCCUGGCUCAGCAAAACGUGAGCCAGGGACAAUAUGUCAACCUGGCCGAAUAUUUCCUAAAGCGUUUUCACGCACAGUGA